UUCAUCGCCAUUUUGGCUAAAAUACAAGAUUCAUUUCCGCCCCAGCUUAUUUCCUCCGUUUUCCUACAGAGCAAAUUGGUACUGUCGAACAACGCCCUCCUCCUCCGUCUCUGGAUUCUUCUUCUCUUCCCUUCCCUUCCCUCCCUUCCCGUGACGACCCUGGUUUUCUCCGGACCCGGCGAGUUCUCCGCCCCCUUCUCGGCCGCCGACCAGCCCGUUUGCCCAUUUUCCCAGUUUCCCCUUUCUCUCUCUGUUUUCCCGGGGAAAAGCUUCUCGGUUACCCCGUUGUGUUCCGGUUCCUUGCCGGUCUCCCCUGCGUUUCCUUUCGUGGGUUUCCUCUGAACAGUCGUCUCCUCUGUUUCUUGGUUCGGAAUUUGAAGGGUAAUGGAGCAAUUCCACAACGACGACCUUGAGUACGUGGUCGACGACUUCUACGACGAGUUCUACGACGACGAUAACCCCUUCUCCGAUGUCGAAUCGCCUCGUAACUCCGAUACGGAGUCGGUAGACUCCGACUUCGAGGAUGACUUCGAGUCGAGCAAGCCGAAGACUGAUACCUCUGCUUUGGAAGCAAGAAAUGGGAAAGAUAUACAGGGGAUACCCUGGGAGAGGAUGAACUAUACCCGGGACAAGUACCGCGAUAAGAGGUUGAAGCAGUACAAGAACUACGAGUGCCUGUCGCGUUCCCGCGAGGAGCUCGACAAGGAGUGCUUGCAAGUUGAGAAGGGGGAGAACUUUUAUGACUUCCAAUUCAACACGAGGCUUGUCAAAUCGACAAUCGUGCAUUUUCAGGUAGAGAUUUCAUGCUAAGCCAAUACUUCUUGAAGUUCAUUCAAAUAGGGAGCCUUUUUGUUUUCCAGGCACUUUCAUGCAUCAUAUAUGGUCAAUACACAUUUACGUCAGUGCCAACUGCACGAGUUAACAUCUAGUGAUUAGUCAGGUCGAUAUUUGUGCCUAAAGAGCAUUUCUUCAAACUGUCAAUGUUAAUUCCUCCAUUUCAUUCAAAUUAAAACCACUAUUUUAGUUGCAUGAAGUUUGUAAAUUGUCUUUCAAAUUGGACGUGCAUUCUUGCUUGUAAAAACAGCAAAGCAUCAUCCAUUUUCACCAGAUCACUGCAUUAAUUGCGUGUUACUGCUCUUCGUUAAUUAUCACGCAUGUUGCAUCAUAGCAUCAAUAGGAGUUACUAACUAGUAGACUUUGGGUCUUUGAAUUCAUCCUUCCAAAGUAGUUAGAAUAUCUUGUUAAACGUACGGAUCUAGCCUUGUAGUCUUGCAGGUUUGUCAAUAUGAUAGUAUCCUUUGUGGGUAUUGUUAUAUAUGCUAAGUGCUCUAAGCCUCUACUAAUUGUUGGAAGGUAUGGAGCUUGCAGAUCUCUUUUGAUAGAUGUUUUGCCUUGUGAAAAUUUUACCAUUAGAAGCAAAUGGGUCUGGUCUUGUGUGUACCAAGUAGUUCAGUAAAAGGAGCGUUAACAAAUUUCAUUGCUGGUUUUCAACAGAAAAAUAUACUGCUGACCUGACCUCUGGAAAACUUAGUGACAUGAAAAUCUGGCACUAUGGCCUUUCUCUGGCAACAUGAAAAUCUGGAACUAUCACUUUUCUCUGGGCAAGAGUAGAAACUGCUAAUAGGAAAUCUUGUUGGGACCAUAGAUAUCAAAGAAUUUUUUUCCCCACCUACAACUUGAUGAUUGAAUGGGAACAAUAGCUGGUUAUGCUUUAGGUAAAGUACAUCCCAGUGCUUUCAUGUGAUCAGUUUCCAUUGCUUCAGGAAAAGAUGCUUCUUUUAAAAUAAGAAGGCAUACACAGUUAAGACUUCCGGUGAGAAAUUCUCAGUUAGAUGAGUUAACUUUGCAUGGAAGCCACAUAAAAUGCAUGGGAUUUUUUCUGGUUUAUGGCUCAACAUUUUAUCUUAGCCUGUGAAUGCAUUUCUUGUGAUAUCCUGAUUGUUGUUAUUUCUUGGAUUUUCUUAUGAUAGAAGGUUGAAAUGGUUACUUUGUAUCACUCUGUGCGCAUCAUUUCUACUGCUUGUUAAAUAUUAUUAUGUCUCUUAACUCUCUGUGGCAUCAAAGCAGGGUGGAAGUAAUAUCUGAGCAGCUGCUGCAAUAAGGAUACAUUUGUUAUAUGCUGCGCAAUCUUUUGUGGUCAACAUCGAAGCACGAUGUGUACCUCAUGCAGAACUACUCUGUGAUGCAUUGGUCUGCCCUGCAUAGGAGGAGUAAAGAGGUACUCAACGUGGCUAAGCCCAUUGUUCCAAGAGUGAAGCGUCCUGGGUUGUUUUCACAAUCGCUUUCUAGAGUUCAAAUAAGCACUAUGGCUAUAAAAGACAAUUUAUUGGUUGCUGGAGGCUUCCAAGGGGAGCUUAUAUGCAAGUUCAUGAACCAACCUGGAGUUGCAUUCUGCAGCAAAGUAACAGCUGAUGAUAAUGCAAUUACCAACAGUGUGGAUAUCUCGCGCAACCCGACGGGUCCUUUGAGGGUCGUAACUGCAAAUAACGAUGCUCAGGUCAGGGUCUUUGAUACGGAGAAUUUUGCCUGCCUCAACCGCUUCAACUUCGACUGGUGUGUCAAUAAUACCUCUGUAAGCCCCGAUGGCAAAUUACUAGCAAUCCUUGGGGACAGCGAAGAGUGCUUGAUAGCUGAUGCUCAGUCUGGAAAAACAAUCAACAACUUGAAAGGGCACUUGGACUAUUCCUUCGCUUCUGCUUGGCACCCGAAUGGUCAAAUUUUGGCCACGGGGAAUCAAGACACAACGUGUCGGCUCUGGGACAUUAGGAAUCCCUCGCAGUCCUUUGCUGUUCUCAAGGGAAAUAUGGGGGCCAUCAGAGCCAUCAAGUUCACAUCCGAUGGCAGGUUCAUGGCCAUGGCUGAGCCUGCUGACUUCGUGCACAUCUUCGACACGCAGUCCGGGUACGUCAAGGGGCAGGAGAUUGACAUGUUCGGGGAGAUUGCUGGCAUAUCAUUCAGCCCCGACACAGAAGCUCUCUUUGUCGGGGUUGCGGACCGCACUUACGGGAGCUUGUUGGAGUUCAACCGGAGGCGGUGCAACAGCUAUCUGGACUCCAUCCUGUGAAUAACAAAGUUCGCUCCAGAAAGUGUAGAUAGACGCCCGCGGAGUAAAAAGAUAAUAUGCUUUUUGUAUAUUUUUGGGGACAAGGUCAUGUGCAUAAGCAAAUAUGCCUGGGGGAUUAACGUUGGUAAAUCUUUUAAACAUCUCCGGCUGAAGUUAGAUGAGCAAUUGAAGUGAUUCAAGUUUUGGUUUUUUGGGGUUGCAGAGCUAUCUUGUUAUUGAUAGCCUUUCAAUUUUUUUUUUUUUGGCCUCGGUUGUUUGUUGUGUAUUUUGAAGACUCUUAUUACUACUAAUUCAUUCUAAUCAUAGUUCUAUUGUA